GGCUCCGGGGCCCCGCGCCAGCCGCCCGCGCGCCGCGUCCCGGGCCGCCGCCUCAGACGCCACUUGUGGAAUUCUUUCCCCCGGCGGCUGUAACUUUAAACCGGCCUGAGCGAGGCCUAUUUUUAUUCAGAAGCCAGCGAGCGGAGAAUGGCUGUGGAGAACGCUGAGAUGCAGGGCCAGCCCGCCACUUGAAGACUCCUCACCAAGUGGCCCGGAAGCACCGGCUUGACCUAGGAAUCUUUCUUUGAGAUUUCAAGGUUCUGUCGCCCCCUUCCAGGGUUGGCCGGACUGGUUGCUGAGGGGCUUUUGACUGAGGGUGCUGCCCGAGCCUGGGGAGCUGUACACGAAUGAACCGCAUCGCCUGGCCUCAGAGCGCUGACUCGGGGGCCACCACGCAUGAGCCCGGGCCACCCUCCUGCAGAAAUCACUCCAGGAGCUCCUUGGGGACCGGCUUGUGGUGGUGAGGAGCCAGGAGAUGCAUGUAGCAGCCAAGUUCCGCCAGGCCUCCCUGUACGUGGGUGACCUCCACGCGGACGUCACCGAGGACCUGCUGUUCAAGAAGUUCAGCGCCGUAGGGCCCGUGCUGUCCAUCCGCAUCUGCAGGGACCUGGUCACCCGCCGCUCCCUGGGCUAUGCCUACGUGAACUUUCUGCAGCUGGCGGAUGCCCAGAAGGCCCUGGACACCAUGAACUUUGACCCGAUAAAGGGCAAAGCCAUCCGUCUCAUGUGGUCUCAGCGUGACGCCUACUUGAGGAAAUCUGGAAUUGGGAACGUGUUCAUCAAGAAUCUGGACAAAUCCAUUGAUAACAAAACCCUUUAUGAACACUUUUCGUCUUUUGGGAAGAUCCUGUCCUCCAAGGUGAUGAGUGAUGAUCACGGCUCCAGGGGCUAUGCGUUCGUGCACUUUCAGAGCCAGAUUGCCGCCGACAGGGCCAUCCAGGAGAUGAAUGGGGCGCUGCUUAAGGACUGCAGGCUGUUUGUUGGCAGAUUCAAAAGCCGCAAAGAUCGGGAAGCCGAGCUCCAAAACAAAGCCAGUGAGUUCACCAAUGUUUACAUCAAAAACUUCGGAGAUGACAUGGAUGAUGAGAGACUGAGGGAAGUUUUCAACAAAUAUGGAAAAACCCUGAGUGUUAAGGUGAUGACAGAUUCCAGUGGGAAAUCCAAAGGCUUUGGCUUUGUGAGUUUUGAUAGCCACGAGGCUGCCAAAAAGGCUGUUGAAGAAAUGAAUGGAAAGGACAUAAAUGGACAACUGCUUUUUGUAGGCCGGGCACAAAAGAAAGCAGAGCGACAGGCUGAGUUAAAGCAAAUGUUUGAGCAGCUGAAACAGGAAAGAUUUCGGCGGUGCCGGGGGGCAAAGCUCUAUAUUAAGAACCUGGAUGAGACCAUUGAUGAUGAAAAGCUACGGAGGGAAUUUUCUUCAUUUGGAUCAAUUAGCAGAGUUAAGGUAAUGCAGGAAGAAGGGCGAAGCAAAGGGUUUGGCUUGAUCUGCUUCUCCUCUCCUGAGGAGGCCACUAAAGCAAUGACUGAGAUGAAUGGCCGCAUCUUGGGCUCCAAGCCGCUCAACAUCGCCCUGGCCCAGAGGCCCUAGGAGAGGAAAACUUAAUGCACCAGCCAGUGUUUGUAGCAGCUUGGGGGAUGUUAGUGAUCUCUGCCUGAAUCGUCCUCAGUAAAUUUCAAAUCACAGCUGAUGGCUGCUUAGUUUAGUAAACAUUAUGAUCGAAGGUUUUGUAUACAAAGCUAUUUAUUUUUCUUUGGAGGAAAAAUAAGUGAAUCUUAGAACCUCGGUUCUUUUUAUAGAGGCACACCAUCUAAUUAUAAUAUGGUAUCUUUUUCUGAUUUUGAUGUAGUGCUCAUAGCAAUAAGUAUAAUUAGAUAUAUUUUUACUGCAUUUUGAACCAACUGAAGUGUGGUAAUUAUUUGCAUUUAUUGCAUACUUUUUCUUAUUUUAAUAAUAUUGCUAGCUUUAAUUUCUUCCAUGAAAAUAUGCCCAAAGUAGUUCUUGUACCCGAGGAUUGCAAAGUAAUUUAUUUUUACAAACAGAAAUUUUCUAAUUCUCAUCUUUUUUUUUUUUUAAAGAAACCAAAGUUUAAAACUUGCUACUACAAACUCAAUAUCUAAUUUUAUUUUGAAUUAAUGUUUAAAAUACUAGGAAAUAGUUGAAUUUCCUUUCAAUUUAUAUCCUGAAAUGGUGUUUUUCUGAUGGCUGAAAUUAAUGAUGGAGUUUUUUAAUGUUGCCUACAAACUUGCUUUAUAGGAUAUUUUACUGUUCUUUACAUUGGUUGACAUAAUCCAGGUGCUUGCUGGUUAUCAAAAUUGUGACUUGAAUAGUAAAACCUUAACUUCCACAUUCCUUAAGUUAUAAGCCUGUAUCAUUUCAGGUCAAAAAGUUGGCCUAGUCUUAAUUCUCUUCAUACGUAUACAGCAUAAAAUUAUGCCUUAAGUUUUGAACCAGGUACCAACAUUAUAAAAGUCAUAUAUAGAAAACAUAGACAUUCUGUUUAACAACUGUGUUUUCUAAUCUCUGUUAUAUGUUGUAACAUGUAGUGAUAUUGUCUCAGGGUUCAGAACAGUAAAAGUUUAUGUUUAUGAACUCCACAUCUCCUUUUAUUAGACCUUAAGAGUUAUGUAACCCAUGAAGGCUCACUUUUAACCUUGAUUGAUCAGAAGUUCACUAAUUGAUUUUCUGAUAAAUUGAAGUUACAUCACUUAGCCUGCUUUCCAUCAUGAUUUUUAUUUCAGUCCCAUUCCCAGAUCUUUUCUUCUCUCCUGCUUUUCCUCUAUAUUACUCAGCUCCUCUAUACUUUUUAAAAAGGGUUUUAUUAUACUGACUUUUACUGUGUGCUGUUUGAAAUCCACUUUGGAAAU